GAAUGCCUUCAAAAACGACGAGGAGCAAGACGUAUUCCUCACAUCCUCCAUUUUUUCCCGUCGCCAUGCCUGAGAAAUUCAAUGACACGCUUCCUCACGGUCCUACGAUACUUCCGCCACGGUUAUGGGUCCAAAGACUCUAGGAUAAUCAAAGCCAUGGUACUAGCACUAGGAUGUCUAGCUACCGUGCACGUCGCUACAUUUGUCGCAUGGGCCUAUGAUGACCUCAUCAGUCGCUUUGGAGCGUUCGAUAGACUAGAUGCCAUGCCACGAACUGCUCUUGUACAAUUACUAGCGAUAUAUAUGGUUUCCUUCAUUUCUCAAUGCUUCUUUACCACACGCAUCUGGAUCCUCACACACAAGUGGUAUUUGGCAAGCCCGAUUGCAAUCUUGGCUCUGAUCAAUAUCAUCGCCGGAAUCACACAAACGACGCUAAGCGGAAUCGGCGCGGCUGCCACAGCAGCAUGCGACCUGUUGAUCACGGCAACCUUGUGCUGGAUUUUGAAUAAGAAACGAACGGGAAUUAAAAUGACCGAUACUCUGCUCGACAAUCUCAUAAUCUUGGCAAUCAAUCGUGGUGCCGUCACAAGUCUUGCAGCGCUGUUCAACCUAAUACUGUUUGUAUGGCGCCCUGAUGCGAUGAUCUUUAUGUCUCAACUCUCGUAGGAGCUUGCGUGACAACGGUCGGGAUGCCGUAACACU